AUAGGUGGGCUCCGCCUACUUGAACUGCGCAGAUCGCGGGUCUAGUUCCGGGGUCGAGGUCGCGGGUAGCUCUCAACCUCUGCUGCCACCCUUCCCGCUGCGGGGCGCCCUGGGAUCGUGGCGGGCUGUCCCGAUCUUGGCCUCUUUCCAAGCACUCCUGAUGCUUCAUUUGCCUCUGGCCUCUUUUCGACCACCACUUUGCGGGCUGAGGCCCUCACGGGGCUUCCCCAGGUCCCAUCCCCUUUCUACCCAGUCAGAGCCUUAUGGAUCCUCCAUUUCCCGGAGGGACAGUGAAGCCAAACAGAAGCGCCUGCGAGAGAAGCAGGCGGCGCUGGAGGCUGGAACAGCCCGGAAGAGCAAGCCAUUUGCAGAAUCAAUUAAGGCCUGGACUCCUAAGGAGAUAGUGUUGUAUGAAAUCCCCACGGAAUACGGUGAAAAGAAAGAUGUCUCCCAGCCCCUGCCUCCUGCUUAUAGCCCCUGGUAUGUUGAGGCUGCCUGGUACCCUUGGUGGGUGCAAGAGGGCUUCUUCAAACCCGAAUAUCAGACCAGGCUGCCCCAGGCCACAGGGGAGGCCUUCUCCAUGUGCAUCCCACCUCCCAACGUCACUGGCUCCCUGCACAUUGGGCAUGCACUGACGGUGGCCAUACAGGAUGCCCUUGUGCGCUGGCACCGGAUGCGUGGGGAUCAGGUGCUGUGGGUCCCUGGCUCUGAUCAUGCAGGAAUUGCUACACAAGCUGUGGUGGAGAAACAACUGUGGAAGGAUCGAAGAGUGAGGAGACACGAGCUGAGCCGAGAAGCCUUCCUUAGGGAGGUGUGGAAGUGGAAGGAAGAGAAAGGUGGAGAGAUCUGUGAGCAGCUCCGGGCUCUGGGGGCCUCGUUGGACUGGGACCGAGAGUGUUUCACUAUGGAUGCAGGCUUCUCAGUGGCCGUGACUGAAGCUUUCGUGCGACUAUACAAGGCUGGGUUAUUGUACCGAAACCGGCAGCUUGUCAACUGGUCAUGCGCUUUAAGAUCAGCCAUCUCAGAUAUUGAGGUGGAGAGCCGGCCCCUACCUGGCCGCAUGGAGCUUCAACUGCCGGGCUGCCCCACCCCUGUGUCUUUUGGCCUCCUUGUUUCUGUGGCCUUCCCUGUGGAUGGAGAGCCUGACACAGAGGUUGUGGUAGGAACCACGAGGCCAGAGACAUUGCCUGGAGACGUGGCUGUGGCUGUUCAUCCCCACGAUUCCCGAUACACACAUCUACAUGGGCGACAACUUCGUCACCCCUUGACGGGGCAGCUACUCCCUCUUAUCAUAGACUCCACUGUUCAGCCACAGGUGGGCACAGGGGCAGUGAAGGUGACUCCAGCUCACAGCCCUGCUGAUGCUGAGCUGGGGGCCCGACACGGCUUGAGCCCCCUGAGCGUCAUUGCGGAGGAUGGGACCAUGACUUCCCUCUGUGGGGACUGGCUGCAGGGUCUUCACCGAUUUGUGGCCCGGGAGAAGAUUAUGUCUGCACUGAGGGAGCGGGGCCUGUUCCGGGGCCUCCAGAACCACCCCAUGGUGCUGCCCAUUUGCAGCCGUUCCGGGGACGUGGUAGAAUACCUACUGAAGAGCCAGUGGUUUGUCCGCUGCCGGGAGAUGGGGCACCGAGCUGCCCAGGCUGUAGAGUCGGGGACCCUGGAGCUCAGUCCAUCCUUCCAUCAGAAGAACUGGCAGCACUGGUUUGCCCACAUUGGGGACUGGUGUGUCUCUCGGCAGCUGUGGUGGGGCCAUCAGAUUCCGGCCUACCUGGUCAUGGAGGAGCACGCAGAGGGCGAAAGGGAGGACUUUUGGGUGGUCGGGCGGACAGAGGCUGAAGCCAGAGAAGUAGCUGCAGAUUUGACAGGGAGACCAGGGGCAGAGCUGACCCUGGAGAGGGACCCUGAUGUCCUGGACACAUGGUUCUCUUCAGCUCUUUUCCCUUUUGCUGCUCUGGGCUGGCCCCAAGAGACUCCAGACCUUGCUCGUUUCUAUCCCUUGUCCCUUCUGGAAACAGGCAGUGACCUCCUGCUGUUCUGGGUGGGCCGCAUGGUCAUGUUGGGGACCCAGCUUACAGGGCAGCUUCCCUUUAGCAAGGUGCUUCUUCACACCAUGGUUCGGGACAGACAGGGCCGGAAGAUGAGCAAGUCCCUGGGGAAUGUGCUGGACCCUCGGGACAUCAUCCAUGGGGUGGAGCUACAGGUGCUUAAGAAAAAGCUGCAGGAUGGGAACUUGGCCCGCGAGGAGCUGGCGAUCGCGGCCACAGCUCAGAGUGAGGACUUCCCUCAUGGGAUUCCUGAGUGUGGGACAGAUGCCCUGAGAUUCGCCCUGUGUUCCCAUGGGGCCCUCGCAGGUGACGUGCACCUGUCUGUCUCUGAGGUCCUGAGCUCCCGGCAUUUCUGUAACAAGAUCUGGAAUGCCCUGCGCUUUAUCUUCAAUGUUCUAGGGGAUAACUUCAUGCCCCAGCCUGCAGAGGAGCUGGCCCCUUUAUCCCCCAUGGACGCCUGGAUCAUGAGCCGCCUUGCCAGUACCGCCCGGGAGUGUGAGCGAGGCUUCCUCGCCCGAGAGCUCCCGCUCGUCACGCACACCCUGCACCACUUCUGGCUCCAUAGCCUCUGUGAUGUCUACUUGGUGAGUGAGGCUCAAGGUGUGGCAUUCCACUCCAGAACUGCUGCAAUCGCGGCCACAGCUCAGAGUGAGGACUUCCCUCAUGGGAUUCCUGAGUGUGGGACAGAUGCCCUGAGAUUCGCCCUGUGUUCCCAUGGGGCCCUCGCAGGUGACGUGCACCUGUCUGUCUCUGAGGUCCUGAGCUCCCGGCAUUUCUGUAACAAGAUCUGGAAUGCCCUGCGCUUUAUCUUCAAUGUUCUAGGGGAUAACUUCAUGCCCCAGCCUGCAGAGGAGCUGGCCCCUUUAUCCCCCAUGGACGCCUGGAUCAUGAGCCGCCUUGCCAGUACCGCCCGGGAGUGUGAGCGAGGCUUCCUCGCCCGAGAGCUCCCGCUCGUCACGCACACCCUGCACCACUUCUGGCUCCAUAGCCUCUGUGAUGUCUACUUGGAGGCUGUGAAGCCGGUGCUGCGGCGCUCGCCCCGCCCCCUAGGGCCUCCUCAGGUCCUGUUCUCCUGUGCCGAUGUGGGUCUCCGCCUUCUGGCCCCGCUGAUGCCCUUCAUGGCUGAGGAGCUCUGGCAGAGGCUGCCCCCAAGGCCUGGAAGCCCCCUUCCCCCCAGCAUCUCUGUGGCCCCCUACCCUAGUGCCCGGAGCUUGGAGACCUGGCACCAGCCUGAGCUGGAACAGAGUUUCUCCCUGGUCCAGGAGGCAGUGCAGGCACUGAGAGCUCUUCGAGCCACAUACCAGCUCGGCAAGGCGCGACCCCAAGUGUUGCUGCAGAGCUCAGAUCCCAGAGAGCAGGUGCUCUGUGAGGCGUUCCUGGAGCCCCUGGGCACCCUGGGCCACUGUGGGGCUGUGAGCUUCUUGCCUCCGGGUGCAGUGGCUCCCUCCGGCUGGGCCCACGUCCCACUCAGUGACACCAUUCAGGUCUACAUGGAGCUGCAGGGCCUGGUGGACCCCCAGACUCAUCUACCUCUGCUAGCUGCCCGAAGGCACAAGUUGCAGAAGCAACUUGAUGGCCUCGUAGCCCGGGCCCCAUCAGAGGGAGAGGCAGAGACACAGAGGCAACAGAGGCUUUCAUCUCUCCAGUUGGAAUUGUCAAAACUGGACAGAGCGGCCUUUCACCUCCGACAGCUGAUGGAUGUCUCUCCCUGCCCUGGGGAGCUGUGAGCUCUUACUCACCAUCCCUGGUGGGUUUGUUCCCUCCCAGACCUGCCUUUAAGGACAAACAGAUCUGGCAGCUGCCAGGGCCACAGAGGCCACAUGGCCACCUCCCUCAUUCUGUGCAUGAAGAGGCAGACAGGCCUGGUCAGCUUGACUGCAUUCAUGCUUCUGCCCCAGCCUCCUUUCUGUGUGGUCCUGCCUGGAAGUUUAGGGGUGAGAAAACUCACAUAAACUUUUAAAAUCCCAAACAUGUCUGCUUGUGCACCUUUUAUCCCUCUUUCCCUUAGGGGUGACUUUCUUGCCUCCUACUGUUGCCCAGGCCUUUGGUCUGGGAAAAGAAGAAGGCUGCCUCUUUGCUUCAGGCUCUGGGCCACAGUGGGAGUAUGGAUGCUGGGCAGCGCCUGCCAUGUUAGAGGAAAGAGGAGCCUUCUCAAGUAGGACCUGGGUGCAGUGACUGGCAUGCCACCUACUUCCCAGAAUUACUGCCAGUGUCCUGACUUCUACAGGCCCUUCCUCCUCCUCAGCUUGUGGAAGCUUCCUUGCUCCUUGGCCCUGUCCCCAGGGGUGCUGAGAAGAGCAGGACUUCCAGGCCUGAGGGGCUGCAUGGUGUGCACAGGGCUAGUGCCCUCCUCUCAUUCUGUACACCCAAGACCAGAGUGCCAAGGACACACUGCCCAGCCCGACAGAGGUAUGUAUUCACAGACGUCCACCUCCACCACACACCUUGUCUCAUCUCAAGGGGCCUGGUGCUUCCAUGCCCAGUUUUCUUCUGUUCAGCAGCUCUGGGUAACUAUUUUAUGGCAGGCCUAUCAUGGGCUCCAUGGUGCCAUUUAAUCCUCCUGAAAACCCGUGAAGUGGGUGUUUGCUCCAUUGGGAGAUGAAGACACGUGCUCAGAGAAUAAAAACUUUGGUCCAAAA